UCAUUUUUCUAAACUUGCCACUGAAUGAACAGUGAAGUCUGACGAUAAACAAAAAUCAAAUCGAUCGUAAAAAGUUUUAUGCAUAGCGAUUUUAUGCGCCAUGGUUUUAUGUAUCCGCGAUCAAUAUGAUUUGCGGCUUAGGAGCGUGAAAUUCCUAAUCUUGAAGAAUUGAUGUAUCGCUCAAGUGUAAAGAAUUACACGGGAUGAACUCUUGUUGUGCAGAAAGGUCAGAGACGCCGCGCCCACCGCUGGUGCAAUUAAUACCAGCGGUGUCACGACCCGCGCCACCUUGGUCGGCUGUCGCGAUAAUCGAUCUUAAGAUGCAGGAACUAUCGUCACAGCAUUUUGUGGGGAAAUAUCUGAUACUUCUCUUCUAUCCGUGUGACUUCUCAUUCAUGUGCCCCACCGAACUUAUCCAAUUUAGCGAUCGCAUUGCCGAAUUCCAAGCUCUUGGUUCGGAGGUAGUAGCAGUCUCAACAGAUUCUAAAUUCUCGCAUUUCGCUUGGGUGACGACCCCGCGUAAGCAAGGAGGCUUGGGCGAAAUGAAGAUUCCAUUGCUCUCCGAUAAGAAUCAUCAAAUAGCGCGGGACUACGGCGUAUUAAACGAGAAACAAGGGUAUGCAUACAGAGCCCUAUUCAUUAUAGAUAGACAGCAAAUUAUACGCCACGUGACGAUAAACGACCAAGAUCUACCGCGAUCAGUGGAUGAAGUAUUGCGAGUUAUAAAAGCUUGUUGCUUCGUGGAUAAAAACGGCAGUCUGUGUCCUUACGGCCCAGUGCCGACGAACAACGCUUUCGGAGAAGAACCAGACUAUUUCAGCACAUCUUAAUCUCGAUUAUAUGUCAAUUCUUAUAUUUCUCAAUCGUGAUGAACGCAAUCUUUCGUUAAUUAUAUGGUUUAUAUCAAAGUGAAUGAUCAUUCAAGACUUUGAUUGAACUGAAACAAUCACUCACGGUAAUCGUGGCAGCUAAAUGGCAGGGAAUAUUAAUAAAUGACCUUUCGACACAUCUAGCUUGAGAUUUGAGU